UUUAGAUACAGACAUUAACUCAAGAACAAGCAUGCGCAUUAGCUAUACAAGUUGGUAUUGUUGGUAUUUUUUAGCGUAAUCUGAGGUAAAGAAGCACAAUUAAUGAUUCCAGUAUUGUCAGAUUUUAUUGCUGAUUUGAAAUAUGUUCUUUGAUCGUAAUCUUGACCAACUGUUUUUGAGAUUUUGGUCUUUUCCCAUUCAAGUAGAUAGGAGCUGCACUGGCAUGACUGGAAAUUGCCUCCCGAGAGCUUUCCAACUCAUCAUUAUGAGUUUCAUUCAGUUAAUAAGUUUACCUUUUAAAAAGUGAGUUUUGAGUAGUUUGUAAGAGGGUAAUGGAGGUCAAAGCAAUGCAUUUCAGUUUUGCAAUGUAGUUUUACUUGGUGAGGGGAACAUAAAUGCUGAAAACGGAGCUUAAUGGAGGUCCUUGUUGAGGAGCAUUGACCUGGAAAUAUUCUUUAUGAUGUUCUGUGUUCUGAAUAAUGCACUUAAAGCACAACUACAACAUAUUCUGCCAUGUGUAUUUGAUUUAUUAGAAUGUUCAGAGAAUGAACUUAUAUAUCAGAUGUCACAAAUUACUAAUGGACCUUGACUCAACCAGCAGAAGUAUCCCAAUAAGCCAAAUGUUUGCCAGGGCAUGUUGGCAAAUGUCAGAUUGGCACAGUGUGGGUCAGUGUGCCUGUCUAGAGUGCACACUCUCUGCUGCCAUCUACUGGAAAGAGACCACGUCACACAUGCAAGUGUAGAUUAAAUUAAAUCAUUACAAAUGAAUUAGAGAUAUUUAACAGGUCAUUUUAAAGAUCAUGGGGAAAAACAAGGCACAAUAAAAAUACACUGUUUCUGUCUGGAUGCACAAAUGGUGCAUUUUGUGUAUUUAUUUUUUAAGGAACAAUUGCAUUAUACAAUAAAAAGAUAAACAGAAAAACAACAAAAAUAGGGUGGAAAAUUAAACGAGAACGAAAACUGUGAGUAUAUUUCAUUAUUUAAAUUAAUUUAUUACUCUAAAUGACUUUUAUUCAUUCAUUUAUUAAACUAACGAAUAUUACAAAUUUUAGGAAUAUUCCGGGCUCAAUUUGUGGCAUAAUGUUGAUUACCACAAAAUUUGAUUUAGACUCUUCUGUCCUUUUCUUUCUUUAUUUAUUUAUAUAUUUAUAUCUGGAUUACAGUGAGACACUUACAAUGGAAGUGAAUGGGGACAAACUGUAAACAUUAAAAUACUCACUGUUUCAAAAGUAUAGACACAAGACAUAAUCAAUAUGAUUUCACUAACCUUUUCUGUGUGAAGUUCAAUAAUAAUAGUAACUUUACAGCUCAAAUAAUACUCAACUUUUAACAGAAUAAUUAAUGUAAGUGCUUUUAUAAAAUUAUAAGUGUCACAUUUCUGACUUUAAACACUCCAAAAAUUGGCUCCAUUGACUUCCAUUGUAAGUGUCUCACUGGAACCUCCAUUUGUGGUUUUUUUUUAAAGAAAAGGAGGAACGAGUCGAAAUUAAUGUUUGUUGUUAAUCAACAUUAUGCCACAAAUGCUGUCGAUUGAGCUUAACUUGUAUUGAACCCAGAAUAUUCCUUUAACCCCUGUGCGACCUUCAGGACAUUUUAGUUUUUUCGAUCAUUUUGGCUGUGUUAAUGUCAAUGGCAUAAAUCUGGCCAAAGGUGUAUAUUUUGGGGGGAAUUUUGAUAGUUCAACCUCAGUUCCUAUAAUACAUCUAUAAUACACUGUGUACACAAAAUAGUUACACUCAGGACCUUCAGGACAAAAAUGUCCCCAUUGAAACACAUUAAAACUGCAAUAUUUGAUCCCAGUGCCAUUAAAGCAUAAAAUCAUGAAUUCUGUGAUAUUACACUUUCAUUCCGGAGCCCUGGCUUCAAAAUUUACAUUUUUCAUAUUUUCCACCAGAUGGCGCCAUUUUUCUCAUGUUUAGCCUAUGGAGCAAAUACAUGCUUUUCCCCUAUUUUCUGUUUGCUGUAUUAUAGAGCACUGCAGGACAAUUGAAUAAAUAAUGCAGAUAAAAUUGUGUGUGUGUGUUGGUAUGGAUGUCAGAGUGUGUUUUGUAUGUGUGUAUUGAGAAAUUUGUGUGUGUAAUUUAGUAUAUGAAAUAUAUAUAUUUUUUCUUUUUUUUUAACAACAGUGGCAUUAUAUAAACAAACUGGCAUUUAAAGGGUUAAAAUCCUGAAAAUGAAUGAAUAUUUGAUAGUUAUGAUCAGGACUGAUAUUGGUUAAAAAAAAUUAACUCAUUGAAAGUGGAAAAUAAUAUUAAUAUAUAACAUUAUUAUGGCAGUUAUUUGACACGGACAUUUUUGUCUUCUAAAGACCUCUGAGUAACUUUUUUUUAAAUUGACGCACAAGGGGUAAGAAAGUGAGAAGCAUAUUUUCUCACUGAACAAACGCAUAUUCAAAAGAAAACAUGUGCAGGAGUGACGUCAUCGCCAAAGAACAAAUUCAAACGUUGAAGUCACGUGCUGCUCAACGGCGCGUCUGAUUGGUCAGAUUGGUUGCAUGUCCAGGCGUUUAGCCGCUACGCUAGCAGAAUUUACGGGAUAUCAAGAUUAUAACGUGAAUAUCACAUAAAUUACCUGGCUAAAGUGUGACGGUGUUUAAUUAGUAAUGUAUGAACUUUAUUUUCAGGACACUGUCAUGGGAUAGAAUACACGACAAAAAGAAUUAAGAGCCAUUUUAGCCGUGAGCCCUGUAAGUGACUCUCGCUCGCCCCCGUCUGAAGCAGCUCGUACACAUCUAUUAGACAGACGUGGCAUAAGAAACCGUUUGUGUGGUCCGAUCAAAGCUAUCGAUUAUUUAAUAAUUAUCGUUUAUUUCUUUUGAUCGUGAGCAUGGCCUCUGGUGUGGGCAAAUGGGAGGUGGUGAAGAAAGGAAAGAAACCGAAUAACAGCAGCGUUUCCGGUGGAAAACCUCAACAACAGGAGAAGAAAUCAAGCAGGAAAGCGCUGAGGGAGGCCAACACGAGCCAAACUGACACGAACCGCAUCACAUCUGAGACCAUCUUCGACGGCUUUGAGAAGAUGGGGAAGAAGUUGAAUAAGGAGCAGGUUCCUCCUCCAGUGGAACUCCAGCAGAAGAAACCAAACACGGGGAAACAGACCAAGAAACCCCCUUCUAACGGCAGCACCAAACCCACCAACUACAGAACACUGGAAGAGGCUGUCAAAGCCUUGGAUGUGUUGGAGUUAAAGCAGCAGUUGGAGAAAAGUCAAUCACUGUUUCCUGAGAAUCCGUCCGUCUGGGUGAAAGAUCUCGCAGGAUACCUGAACUACAAACUGCCCGCGCCGGACACAGACCCCACACUCAGCAGCUACACACAUGAUUACCCAUACUGCCUCACUGGGAAGGAGUUGAGGGGCGUUAUUAAAAACCUGCUGAGCAAAUGUUCAGACACGCUGCCAGAGUUCUUCGACCACUGUGUAUUCAGUAUGCUCCGAGAACAGGACAGACAGCCAUGUGAAUCGCUGCAUGGCUACAGGAUGUGCAUUCAAGCUAUCAUGCAAGACAAACCCAAAAUAGCCAUGCUGAACCUCGCCGACCACCUGGAGCUGCUGCGGUCUCAUCAGAACCGGCCGGUGAAGUGUCUGAGCAUCAUGUGGGCGCUGGGACAGGCGGGAUUCUACGACCUUAGUCAGGGCAUCAUAGUUUGGUUGGGGAUAAUGCUUCCUGUUCUUGGGAUCAAAUCUCUCUCUGCGUACGCCAUCGCAUACCUGGAGCGACUCCUCACUCUUCAUGCCAACCUGACCAAAGGGUUUGGCAUUAUGGGGCCAAAAGAAUUCUUCCCACUGCUGGACUUUGCUUACAUGCCCAAAAAUGCUCUGUUGCCAAGUCUACAGGAGCAGCUGUGUCGGCUGUACCCGCGACUGAAGGUGCUGGCGUUCGGAGCGAAACCCGAAUCUACUCUUCACACGUAUUUCCCCUCCUUCCUGUCACGAGCCACGCCCAACUGUCCCGAUGCCAUGAAGAAAGAGCUGCUCAACAGUCUGACGGAGUGUCUGUCGGUAGACGACCAAAGUUUGAGUGUGUGGAGGCAGUUAUACACCAAACACCUGUCCCAGUCCAGUCUUCUGUUAAAUCACCUGCUCAAGUCGUGGAACUCACUGUCACCAAAGUUACGGAAAAACCUUCAGGACACCAUCCAGUCCUUCAGAGUGACCAAUGAAGAGCUGCAGACCACUACAAACACACAGGAAAUACAGGAGUGCAACACACUCUGCCAUGAGCUUUCUCGCCAGUCUCUGCAGUUAAAGAUGCGCGGUCAGGGUUUCCCAUGGUGGCGUGUGUUGCUGAUGAUGUUAGUGUUUGGGGCCGGGUUCAUCGCACAUGACAUCAGGUCACAGGGGUCGUUCGCAGACUCCACGACAUCACUGUACCUGGAGACGUCAGGAGUCACGGCUGCAUCCCAGCAAGCCUGGAGCAAAGUGUCGAACUACAGCCAACAGGGUGUCAGCUGGUUGUCGGAGAACAUGCCAUAUUAUUACUCUCGUGCGGUGGAGAAGCUGGGGCCGCUGCUGGAGGACGGGCAGGACAGGAUGAAGGUGGCAGCAGUCUUCAUCACUAAGAAGAGUUCAGAACUUUUACUGUGGCUACAGGAGAAUGUGCCACUACUCAUAGAAUGGAUCAAUGUGAAUACUCCAGAGAGUGUGUUUCAGUGUAUAGAAUAUGUGAAGGACUUUCUGCUGUAUAUUCAUGAGCAGUUCAUCAUACCGUCACUUCAGUAUCUGAACACGGCGCUACAACACACCUGGCAAAAUCUACAGGACUCCUGCAAUGGUGAAGUGUCGCUCCACUGUUUACAAAACCACCUGAAGUCCUUUACAAACGUCACCUGGAGUUACCUGCAGCACGCCACGUCUGCCAUCAAGAGCCGAGCACAAGAGCUGCUGUCAUGAGUGUGAUACACACAGACAGACACACACACACACAGACAGACAUACACAUAUACACACAUAUACACACACACACACACACAUAUAUAUACACAGACAUACACACACACGCACACACAGACAGACAAACAUACACAUAUAUAUACACAGACAUACACACACAGACAGACAUACACACACACACUCACAGACAUACCCACAUGUUUUCCCACCUGUCUUUGCUUUUUUUAAUUGUUUGGUCAAUUUGCAUGAGAUUUUAUAUCAGUUGUAUGGACAGCUCUGUCUUUUGUGCAGAUAAAUGCUUUUUCAAAGUGUUUAUUGUCACAUCUACUGCAGCUGGAUGAGAUCUUUCUUGAACACUGAAUAUUAAUGUGAUAAAGUCAAUGGAUGAAUUUGUAGAACAACUUGAGAGUUUAAUUACAAACUUUAACAACUGAAUCUUCUGCCUUUAUACUGUUCUGAAUUCAAAUUGACUAAAAGAAUUCAGGUUUUGCUAGAGAGGUUCAGUUAUUGUUUCAGAAACAAAGUUGGACUCGAGUAUUUAAAUGCUAUGUUUGAUUUGAAACAGGUGUGUGUCCUGUAACGAGCUGAUUUGUUACUGUGUAAAUGGUUUAUAAAUAAACUACUGCUGUUCAGUUCUGAUCAAUACA